AUGCCACUGUACUUAGAGCAUGGAACCCCAUCACGGGCUCGGUUUACUGGGAGAAAUCUCUGUCGGAAAGUUUAUCAAGAUUCACUGUUGGCAUUUGUCGAUGACGGUGUGAUUCUGGUUCGCAGAUCCGAUGGCAAAGUGAUGUGGAACGCCAAAAUUUCGUACAAAAACUCACCAAGUGCCGUUAGCAUGAUGACGCUGGACGUCCAAGAAAACCAACUAAAUGCACUUGUUUUGGGAUACAGUGGACCAGAUUCAGCCAUAUCAUCAAACGUUUCUGCGGAGCUGACCGUGGUGUAUCUACAGUUGGCUCUUCGAGAACCACAACAGUCUGUAGCCGGUCCAGUGGAAACUUUCGCCACUGAAUACCUUAAAAACGGACCUCAAGAUGGAGCAGCCAGUGUCUAUCAAUUAUCGGCAGGUGGUCAACUGGAAGAACAUUAUCAUUUGAACAAGACUACCCUGUGUGCCAAGGCGAACUUGAAUGGAGAGGACUAUCUGUUCACCGCCUUUCAAGAAAUGAACAAACCAUGGGAAAAUUUUGCUGUGGCCAUCUAUCAUUUGGAUUCCGGUGAACCAGUUUCUAGCUUGACUCCUGGCCCCUGGACUAUCGCGACGCAUCAUGGUGCAGUAGAAUGGGUGAGUUGA